UGUCUGGACGCGGCAAAGGCGGAAAGGGACUCGGAAAGGGAGGUGCUAAGCGCCAUCGCAAGAUUCUUCGCGACAACAUCCAGGGUAUCACCAAGCCUGCCAUUCGUCGUCUCGCCCGUCGAGGUGGUGUCAAGCGUAUUUCCGGUCUUAUCUACGAAGAGACCCGCGGUGUUCUCAAGAUCUUCCUCGAGAACGUCAUCCGCGACUCAGUAACAUACACAGAGCAUGCUAAGCGCAAGACGGUGACCGCCCUCGACGUCGUAUACGCUCUGAAACGGUCAGGGCGCACGCUGUAUGGUUUCGGUGCUUAGA